AUUGACCCUUCCUCACCCCCACCGCUGUCGUCUUUACGACUGUCACCACCGCCGCAAUGCUGCUGCUGCUGCAGUACGCUCCUUGGUCCUCCGACAUCGAGCUCUCCUUCUACUCGUCGCUCGCUUCGCUCAAGAUCAAUCAUGACAAGCUGGAUUCAUCGGCGCGUAAAGUGCUCGGUCUGUACGAGCUGAAGCACACCGAUGCGCCCGAGCGAAGCACUCGCAUGCAGAUCCACGGCUCGGCUCUCACAGCCGACGAGCCACCCAGAGGACUCUACCGCGCCGAAGGCCUGAUUAAGAACUUCAACACCAUUGAGGAGUUCCGAAAGGUUGACAAGGCUGCACACAUCGAACGAGCUGGACGCAUGAUCUGGGACGCCAUUAGUGAUGGAACCAUAUUCUCAUGCCCCUCUCUGCUCACCUCUUUCUCAAUACUAUGCUAUGCCGAUCUGAAAAAGUACAAAUUCACCUACCACUUCGGCUACCCCGCCCUCCACUCAGACCCACAAUGGCGCUUGGUUGCACCAUCGGAAGACCCGGAAUCUGCCACGACGAAGCUGGAAGAGAAAGAGACGACGUUGCUGGUAGAUGCUGUGCAGACAUGGAAAUACAGCGUGGACGCCCGCCAACACGGCUUCUUCCUGGCCAAGCGCUUGCGAAAGACCGUGCUCGAGCAAGAGUGGAAGCGAGGCUGGGGCGAAGUCGAAGAGGAGGAAGAAGACGGCAAUCUUUGUUCUAAGAGAUCGAAGAGCACAAGAUCUUCGAGCCUCAGUGAGCUGGGAUUUCUGUGGUGGAUAGGCUCGCUUUCAAGCUACGAGACGGGCUUCUUCAAGAACGCGAAGCCCGAGGACUGUUUCGUCUGCUUUGCGGAUCCUUCGACCUUUUCGGUGAACCCAGGAUGGAUGCUGCGCAACUUGUUGGUCUUGGUUCGCCAGAGAUGGCAUUUGGACAAGGUGCAGGUCAUGAGCUACCGCGAUACGCACGCACGCAGAGACCAGCCGACGUCUCUGAUCAUGACGCUACAGUCGUCAGAGCCCGUCUACGAUUUCUCAGCAGAAAUCGAGCUCAAGAAGAUGACGGCAAUGAGUGCCUCGUCUGCACUCCUCCCAGGCGAGGUCGACCGUUUCGGCGAGCUCGUGACCACCAAGCCAGCAGAGCAGACGGUGGGCGCUGAAGACCUGGCCAUACCGCCACCAGAGAAGGCGACUGCAUUCCCCAAAGUGACUGGAUGGGAGCGUGGUGAUCAGAACAAGAUCACCUCGCGCACAGUCGACCUAGCAGCAUACUUGGACCCGUCCCGACUAGCAGAUCAAGCAGUGGACCUCAACCUCAAGCUCAUCAAGUGGCGAAUUUCUCCGUCCAUUGAUCUGGACACGAUCAAGCGCACCAAGUGCCUCCUUCUGGGCGCUGGAACUCUCGGAGCAUACGUUGCACGGAAUCUUAUGGGAUGGGGAGUGCGCAAAAUUACCUUCGUCGACAAUGGUCGCGUGAGCUACUCCAACCCUGUCCGUCAACCACUGUACACCUUCAAGGACUGCCAGAAAGGUGGCGCGUGGAAGGCACAGCGAGCCGCCGAUGCGCUGCGAGAAAUCUAUCCUGGUAUCGAUGCCGAAGGUGUGGUGCUGAAUGUGCCCAUGGCAGGCCAUCCGAUCGUUGGCGACGAGUCGAAAGUGGAGCAGCAAUACGAUCAGCUGAGAAAAUUGAUUGAUGCUCACGAUGCGGUCUUCCUACUCAUGGAUUCGAGAGAGUCGCGCUGGCUGCCAACUGUGAUGGCCAAAGCAGCGGACAAGAUUGUCAUCAAUGCAGCGCUCGGAUUCGACUCGUACAUGGUCAUGCGACACGGCAUGCGUGAGAAGAAGGAUCCGCCAAUGGCGGCGACGACGGAAGGCGUGGUCAACAUUCAAUCUGCAGACGACCCAGAUCCUCUCAAGACCGCCGCUGGUAUCCCAUCGUCGGGCACCUCACACGCCGCUGCGACUCAGUCAGAUGAACUGAGCUGCUACUUCUGCUCAGAUGUUGUUGCACCAGCGGAUAGUAUGAAGUCAGCGACUCUUGAUCAGCAGUGCACAGUCACACGACCUGGCGCCGCGCCUAUUGCAGCCGCUCACUGCGUCGAGCUCCUCGUGUCCAUCACGCAGCACAAGCUCAAGGGCCACGCGCCUGCAGCGUCGCCUCCCACUUCCACGGCCAUUGCGUCGGCGCCUCCUACUGAUCCAAGCCUUCCGAACUCACAUCCACUGGGCACUGUACCUCAUCAGUUGCGCGGAUACAUGUCAACAUGGCAGACGUUGCAAAUCAAGGGCAAGGCUUAUGAUUGCUGCUCUGCUUGCUCGCCGAAGAUUAUGGAUCUCUACGAGAAAGAUGCAUGGCAGUUUGUGAAGCGCGCGCUGAACGAAAAGGGCUUUGUGGAGGACGUCAGUGGGCUGGCCGAAGUCCAGCGACAAGCCGAGGCAGCAGCCAAGGAGAUGGAAGAUCAGGAAGGCGACUGGCCUGAUGAAGACGAGGAGGGCGAACUGGUUUGAUGAAUUCCAGAGAAGUACAGCUUCGUGGAUCGUCCUUGCUACGCAAAAUGCGUCGCUGAAUGAUGAGACUCUUCCGAAGAGAGUCAGCAGCCCUGCUGCAGUAUAGCGACACGCUAAGGGAAACCCCCAAGAUCGAGAAGGUGGCUACCUUAGCUAAUGAAGAUGAGGAUGUCGAGGGGGCCACUUCUUUCUCGACUGUUUUUUGGCGGCGCUGAAGCUCGCGGGCCAGGUACAUUUUGCUGGAAAAUGUACCUUCAGCGUCGAUACCGAUGAUCACUCUUGCAGCUUCACUGCGAGUGUCAUGUAGAUACCCCCUCCAGCUGCGAAACAGUACAUCUGUUACAAAAAUCACUUUUAAUCCU